AUGCAGGAAUGUGAAAGAAACACAAGGAUUGCGCAAAAAGUAAUGCUUAGAGCUAUGUAAAUCUGUGUAGGACAUGUACAACAAAUGGCCAAAUACGGUGGCAAGAUGAAAGCAUGAUUGGACAUGACCCAAAAGGUGCAUGACAAACAGAUAAACUUUAUUGCGAUGAAUCCUAUUUGGUUUAUAUUUGAAAAUUUAACAGUGGCUUUAGAUAAUAGUUGAAACUGAUAAGUCUGUGUUAAAACCUAUGUAAUAAGUAUUGGUUAAAGAAAUGGAAGUAAAUACAGGUUAAGUGGUUAACAAUUUUUAUUUUCGUUCUGAUUUUUGAGUUAAUUAAAGAGAUAAUAAAUACAACUUGUGGUUUAAGAACAUCUUUUAAGGAGUGGAUAUGAAGUUUUUGAAAUUCCUGAUUUAAUUAUACAGCUAAUAGUGUCCAAUAAGAGAAUUUAGUUGUGAGAAACAAAAACAGAAAGUUUGGGUAUUGUUGAAAUAGUUAUAUGACAUUGGUUAGAUUAUAAACAAUAUAAAGUAACGGUAGACACUAGAAGAGGAAGGGGUCAGUCUUUUAAAUGUACAGUGCCGACUUAUUAGUCGAUGAAAGAAUGUCGAAUAUACAUAGGUGUAAGGAUUGUCAUAUGAACUUUAAUGCACCACAUUUACUAGCAAAACAUAAACAGAAAUUUUGUGUGGGCAGUACCAGCGAUCCUGAUGAUCUUCAGCUUCGACGAGGAUUUCGGUCAACGUCUCCCCGAGUAAUACUGUCACCAGAUAGGCCUCUCACAGAUUCAGCACUCACAUUAAAUAAAAAGGAUGACUACAGACGAAAUCCAAACCAAGAUCAACAGUUACGCAGCCUGGCUGAGAACCAUGGCAGACAAAUGGAAUAUCUUAACUUAAGAAACAGGGAUCUAGAAAAACAAAGAGAGGACAUAAGAAAACAAUUGGAAAAUCUAGGUCGUAAAACUGUUCCCCCACCACAUGACAAUACAGCAGAGUUAUUGCGAGAAUUAAGAGAACAGGAGAUGAGAAACCAAAGAGCACUUGAUGACCUCAGACGACAGUUACAGGAUCUUCAUGGAAACCAAAAAAUUAAUGUCAUUGAAAUAGAGAAGCCUGUGUACCAGCAACCACCUCCGCCACCCCCACCACAACCAGAACCACCAAAGAGAUCACUUGUAUUUCCAGUUUAUUACGGAAAAUCUCUGGUAGCAGAAAUCAGUGCAAUUAGGCAAGCCUAUUUACAGAAUGGAGGUAAUGAUCCAGAUGUCUUGGCACAGAUGUCACAAAUGCAAGCUGAGGCCCAGGCCAUAGAAGACCAAAUGAACCAAAAACCAGAACAUAAAUCACCACGUGAAAAACCAAGAGAUAAUGAUGCAACAUUUAGGAUGCUUGAGAUGGAAAAUGACAGAUUAAACCAACAGUUACGUCUGCUACAAGAACAAAAUCUGCUUGCACAGAAUAGGAACAAAUCAGAUAAAGAAGAUGAGCUGGAAAGGGAACUAAGACGUCUACAACGUGAACAUUUGGAGAAAAUGUACGGCUUACAGAAAGAGCUUGAUGAUUUACGAGUAUUGCUAAUGAUGCAGCGUAACCAGCCGCCACCCCCAACACAACCAAACACAAUAAUCCAUCAAGCCCCACAACCUCAGUUCAACCUGCUGCGAGAAAAGACUCCAUGGUUAUUACAGAAACCAUAUGUCGAAGUGGAACCAAUGGCACCAUAUGACCAAUAUCUCCGAUCAGUGAUAGAUAUUGCGGGGUUUGUGAUCUUCUAUGAUUUUAUCUUAUCUCUGGAUCCUACAAUACAAGCAUGCCGCCUGGUUGUUGGUUUACACAGUUCAUCAGCAGUGAUGGGAGAGCCAACGGUGUUACCGACCGUGUACACAGAGCCGGCUACACGCGGGGAGAGAUACAACUAUAACUAUUCUAAUGCUGUAAUAGGAGCAAAACAACCUGUUCCAAAAUGUCCACCUGAAUCUGAUCUUGGUAUAGUAACUGAACUUCAAGCAAGUGGUGGUCCUGCUUCAGAACAUGACCGUAACAGUCUGAUAACUAGAGCAUGGACCAAGAUUCCUUUGUUUGAUAAUAAUAGUCGCCUGAUAGCCGGUAGAUUCAGGAUACCGAUGAGAAAUGUGCCAAUUAAACCUUUCCUUCAUGUCAGUCAAAUACAACGUGUGCCAAAGUAUGGGGAUGCAGAGUUAUACUACAGGAUUGUGAACAUGAGAGAUGCUGAGAUACACUCCAUGGCCCAGAUCUCUGCUGCCAACUACAACCAGUAUACUCAUCCUCAGUGGAUAGUAGAGGCUCCGGAAAUCAACAUUCCGGUGUACACACCUAAAAAAAAUAUACCCCCACCACCUACAGCUAGCCCCUUACAUACACCAAGAAAACAGAAGAGGGGAAGCGCACAGCAGGUGCCGGUAACCCCGCAGGACCGCCUACCCUCCAUCCAACGCAGAGCGCCUCGCUCAACUUCUCCCCCUCAAAUUAUGGCACUCCAAGAUAUGACAUUGGGGUUCCAGGUGGACCGGGUUAAACAUGCAGAGCCGGGGGAGGGGAAAGUUAGACUCACUGCUUAUUAUGCUUCUACUGGAAAGGUUGUACAAUCAUCUACCAGCCCUGUCACCUGUAGUACUACAGCAGUUCGCUCUAAUUUUAAGUUUGGCUACCAUGUUUUUGGUCAACAAGAAGCGUCUUUUCAGGAUGUAGAGUACCAGGGUGACAUGGUCCUUAUUGCUCGCCUCUACCUCAAGAAACGUCAGUCUGAUGCGUUAGAUGAUUUUAUGAUGCCAGAUCAGGGUGCACAAGAAGCCUCGUUAUAUGACGAGGAGACUUGUGUAGCCUGGUCAUACCUGCCUCUAGUCAACUGUGAGGAGAACUUAUCUGUUAAGAAGAGAAGAACUUUCAAUCCUAACAUCAUGUCCAUAAAUCAAGGCACUCAUACCAUUCCACUUUUUCAACCACCCAUUGCUGAACCCAAUCAGAUCCCUGUUAGUGAUCAACCAUAUUCCAGGGACUUGCAACGAUAUGGCAAAGCCACCUUGAGAAUUUAUAUAUUCCAAGGUCAGCCUAGACCAGGCUCUCUAACCCCUAGUGACAUCUCUGAUGUUGAUGAUGAAGAUACAUUACCUGAGUUUGCAUGGUUACCUUUAGAAAGAAAGACUCCAAUUAAAGAACCGUUCCUGUUAGGAGAUGGUUUUGAUGUAUAUAUUGAUGCAUGUAGAUACCUACCUGACUCUGCUACCUUUACUAAGGUUGCUGGACGUAUACUUGACCGCCGCUACGAAUUGUAUGGCAAAGAUAUAAACACAGGUGUGAAAUUAGACAGUGAUGUCUAUAAUCCAGUGUACGAAGAAAAAGUAGAAUUUAGAGAGACAAAUAUACCACCAACUGCUACACUACUUCUUAAGGUUUAUACAAUAGACAAUUUUUACAAGACACUGACUGUAGUGGGAUAUAGUACACUGAACAUUUUUGUAGAGACCGGGACAGAGAGGCAGCCUGUAGUUGAUAAACCUAUGCAAGUGUCAUUGAAUGAAGGAGCUCAUCAGUUACGAUUAUUUGCCCAGGGACCUAAUGGUGUUGAUCCCCUGACAGAAGCAUGCUUGCGUGAUUCUGGUACUAGGAUCGUACCAUGUUCCUCUGUCCUGGUGAGGCUUGUUAAAGUGACAAGGGGCUCUGGUGGGAAAGCCCUCGAGUCCAGUAAAGUUCCAAAGGGAGAUUGGCUACGUAUGGGAUUAUGGCAGCCACGCCCAAAGUACUCAGACCGUGUUUAUUACUCCUCAAAGGCAAUGCCGACACGUGGAGAGACUCGACUCUUCCACAGUAUGAUGCGACGUACACGGAGAACAAUACGCGAAGUUAUAGCACUUGUUGCCUCUGCAAAGGAAAGCUUCUUACGGAGUGAUAAAAACAUGGAAGAAUACAUCAGAAAUCAACUGACAAAGACACCAGAUGUGAAAACCUUGGAACAAGAUCUGAACUUUAUCUGCCAGUAUAGUCCAAAACAUGGCAUCAAGGUGGCUGUGGACAGUGCGGUAAAUCUCCCCUGGUCAAACUUUACCCAUGCUCAUAUGUGUCUCAACCCUCCAGCAGCCUUUUAUCUGGGUGCUCCACAUGCAACCUAUGACAAGUUAACAUUUACAGAACUUCUUGAUGUCAGAAGUACAAAUACUUCACCCACGUGGAAAGAUGGCUUUAAGCAUUUUCCUCGACGUUCAUAUCAUCGUUUCCUCACUAUGAUUAUUCAUCUACAAGAAAUCUCAGUCAGUGUAGCAAAAGAAAACUACAAAUAUGGUCUUCUAGAGCAGGCUUGGACAGCAGUGCAAAUAUUCACAGACAAGUAUUGUACUACUCAGGCGUUCCAACUUCCUUUAUUUGCUGGUUCUCCUUCACAAACAAUACUCAAACAGCUGGCAAGGGAACCAUGCAAGGAAUGGAUGGAGAGAAACAUCAGAAAUAAUGGGAUCCACUUGCUGGAGGGAUCGUCUAUAUUUGUGCGUGUAGCAGAUGCCCGCAGAGAUGAUGAACUUGCCUCAGAUAUCUCUCAUAAUAAAUUGGUUGAGGUAAACACAGACUAUAUUCCCGUUGGUCUUGAGGAAACGUUCUCUCGUGAGAGGCCAGGCAAACCCCUCGAGAGUUUAGUUCCAGUUGGGAAAACACCUGAACAAUUUGUAGAGAAUCUCAAGGUCAAAUUUAAGAGUCUGGUAUACAAGCUAUAUGAGGAAGGAAAUGUGAACAAGUGAAUUGAGGUCAAGGUCAAAAUGAAAAAGAAGUAGGUCAAGCAGGUUUCCAUAGCAGCAGAUAUGUGAUAUCAUGUAGACAACAUUUAAAUCAGAUAUGAUUCAUGAAUCAGAAAUGGGUUCAAAGUUGAAAAUAAUCGCAUAAAGACAGUGAUUUUUUUUUAUUUGAAACUGUUGUGGCAUGAUUUUAGAUUUGGGUUGAAAAUUCUUCUUGGGUGGAAAAUUCAUCCUGGUAUAUUAUUUAUUCAGAUAUGUUGUGUUUACACAUUAUUUGUUCAAAUAUGUUGUGUAUACACACACAUUUCAAUGCACAUACAUUUUGAAUGGUUAUUUCAUGGCAUGUUGUAGGAUAUAAUAUUAGGUCAACAAUAUUUUAAAAGUACUUUUUGACUACUCUUUACAGAGAUAUCUUUGAUAAUAAAAUAAUAUCAAUAUCUACAGGGCUCAUAAAAAGGAAGGCCAUGUCAUUUGUAGAACUGUAAAAUAUGACGUUAAUAUGCCUAUUAAAAUUUGGUCAAAUUAAUGAAUUAUUUCUGU